AUGGAUCUCCUCCAAUCAUACAGAGACUCCGACAUGGACCACGACGUCGCUUCGCCCCAUCCAUCCGCAACGUCGGACCCGGACCCGGACCCUUCGCCGGAUUCGUCCCCAAUCCGGAUCUCCCUACCCACCAGAUCCGCCGCCCCGAAAGUCGACGACACCAUGCUCUCCCUCACCGUCGCCGGAAAGGCCCUGUCGGAAGCCCACAAGCCAAUUGAUCCGACCCAGCGCCUCGUCUCCUUCAAUCCCACCUACGACCAGCUGUGGACGCCCAUCGUGGGCCCCUCUCAUCCCUAUUCCAAGGACGGUCUCGCUCAAGGCCUCCGCAACCACAAACUAGGGUUCGUGGAGAACGCCAAUAUAGGGUCCUUCGUGUUCGACGAGCAGUACAACACAUUUUACAAAUUCGGUUACGCAGCGGAUCCUUCAGAGAAUAAUUAUGUUGGAGAUGUGGAAGGGUUUAAGAAAAAUGAUGGGAUUUCGGUGUACAACAUACCGCAGCACGAGCAGAAGAAGAGGAAACUGGAGAAGAAGAAGGAGAUGCUUGAGGAGAAUGAGGGAGUAGAUCAGGUGGAUAGAGGCGAGUUGGAGAAUCCUGCAACCGACUCGUGGCUGAUGAAGAACAGGAAAAGCCCGUGGGCCGGGAAGAAGGAAUGGGUGCAAGGUGAGUUAACUGAGGAGCAGAAGAAGUAUGCCGAGGAGCAUGCAAAGAAGAAGGGAGAGAAGGAAGGAGCAGAGAGGGAGAAAGGGGAGGCUCAUCUCGACAAGACUACAUUUCACGGGAAAGAGGAGAAGGAUUAUCAAGGGAGGUCGUGGAUUGCGCCACCUAAGGAUGCUAAAGCGAGUAACGAUCAUUGUUACAUACCCAAAAGAUUGGUGCACACUUGGAGUGGGCACACAAAAGGUGUUUCGGCUAUUAAGUUUUUCCCCAAGCAUGGCCAUUUGAUACUGUCUGCUGGAAUGGAUACAAAGGUGAAAAUCUGGGACGUGUAUAAUUCCGGUAAGUGUAUGAGAACUUACAUGGGCCACUCGAAGGCCGUGCGUGAUAUAUGGUUUAGCAAUGACGGGACGAAAUUUUUGAGUGCUGGAUACGAUAAGAAUAUUAAAUAUUGGGAUACAGAGACGGGGCAAGUGAUAUCAACUUUCUCGACUGGAAAGAUCCCUUAUGUAGUGAGGCUUAAUCCAGAUGAAGAUAAACAAAAUGUUUUGUUAGCAGGAACAAGUGAUAAGAAGAUUGUGCAGUGGGAUAUUAAUACAGGGCAGAUUACACAGGAGUAUGAUCAGCAUUUAGGAGCGGUUAAUACAAUUACUUUUGUGGAUAACAACAGGAGGUUUGUUACAUCAAGUGAUGAUAAGUCACUGCGUGUGUGGGAGUUUGGGAUUCCGGUGGUUAUAAAGUAUAUUAGUGAACCCCAUAUGCAUUCAAUGCCUGCAAUCUCUAUGCACCCGAAUUCACAUUGGCUUGCCUGUCAGAGUUUGGAUAAUCAGAUACUUAUUUACAGCACCAGAGAGAGAUUCCAGCUCAACAAGAAGAAGAGGUUUGCUGGGCAUAUCAUAGCAGGGUAUGCUUGCCAGGUUAACUUUUCCCCUGAUGGUCGGUUUGUAAUGUCGGGGGAUGGUGAGGGGAGGUGUUGGUUUUGGGAUUGGAAGAGUUGCAAAGUGUUUAGGACUCUCAAGUGUCAUGAGGGAGUUUGUAUUGGUUGUGAAUGGCACCCGUUGGAACAAAGCAAAGUCGCUACCUGUGGAUGGGAUGGCUUAAUCAAGUACUGGGAUUAA